GGCGUUAGAGCAGCCCCACAAACCGGCUUUGCACUUUUCAAACGCCAACUGUGAGGGGCGCGGGAGCGUGCGCGAGGACGAGCGCGGCGUCCCUGACACGGGGAAGAGUGCGCGGAGUGGGGAGAGCCUCCCCUGCAGGGGAACCACAGGGGUGUCCCGGCGCUGGGAACAGGAGCGAGUCGGGAAGGAGAAGAGGGCCCUCUGGGACUCGGCCCCUAAGCCCGGAGCAGAUAAAGGAAAAGUGAAAAUAGCUAACCUGUAUCGGAGAAACCCCAUGCAUAAACUAUGUCCAGGAGGAAGUCGGAGAACAGAAGCCCUUCAGGCUUAUUGCCUGCAUCUCUUCAGACACAAAUCAAGACUGAUAACUUCCAUAGUUUCUAUGAAGUUGAAUCCAAGGAGUUAGGAAGAGGAAAAUUUGCUGUGGUUAGAAAAUGUAUUGCAAAAGCUACAGGCCAGGAAUAUGCAGCUAAGUUUCUGAAGAAGAGACGAAGAGGCCAAGACUGCAAAGCGGAGAUUUUACAUGAAAUUGCCAUUCUAGAGUUAACAAAGCCAAGUCCUCGUGUAGUAAAUCUCCAUGAAGCCUAUGAAACAACAAAUGAAAUAAUCUUAGUGUUGGAAUAUGCUGCUGGAGGAGAAAUCUUUAACUUAUGUCUCCCUGACCUAGAAGAAGCCAUAGAUGAAACUGAUAUUAUUAGACUUAUACGGCAAAUACUCGAAGGUGUUUAUCACUUGCAUCAGAACAAUAUUGUGCAUCUUGACUUAAAGCCCCAGAAUAUUUUGUUGAGUGGUAUAUGUCCCCUUGGUGACAUAAAGAUUGUUGAUUUUGGAAUGUCUCGGAAGAUUGGCAAUUGCAGUGAACUACGGGAAAUUGUUGGAACCCCUGAAUAUCAAGCACCAGAAGUCUUAAAUUAUGAUCCUAUUACUACAGCAACAGAUAUAUGGAGCGUAGGAAUAAUCUCAUAUAUGCUGCUUACACAUGAAUCUCCAUUUGUGGGAGCAGAUAAACAAGAAACAUACCUCAAUAUUUCUCAAGUGAAUGUAGAUUAUUCAGAAGAAACGUUUGCUUCUAUUUCAUCAUUGGCCAGAGACUUCAUUCAAAAGCUACUUGUUAAAAAUCCUGAAGAGCGGCCAACAGCAGAAGCCUGUCUGUCUCAUUCUUGGCUACAGCAAGAAAGCCUCCUGUUGUACAUCCCAGAAGAAAGCCCCAGUUCUUCUGCAACGCAUGAUCAUAUGAAUAAGUGCACAGAGGAAAGAAAUAAUAAUAGGCCUAUGUGUAAUGGAAUGUGCAGUGAGCGAGAGGAUAAAGAAAAUAUUCCAGAAGACGGCAGUAUGGUCUCCAAACGGUUCCGCUUUGAUGAUUCUUUGCAGUAUCCCCAAGAAUUCACAACGGACUUUGUAUGUUAACACAUGCACUCCUGCAGGUUGAUUGAACUGAAUUUAGGAUUCUAAUCUGCUCUGGUGGCACAUGUUGUAAGAUUCUGGCUUGUCCACUCCUGCAUUGUGGUUAUCCUGAAAACGCACUUUCAGUUGAUUUUGUGUUAGCUGGCCCUUCUUUGUGCAGCCGUUGCUGGCAAUGGGUUUGACUCCUGGGAACCUGGAGUCAGCACUUGAAGUUGCUUGUCCUUGGAGGAAAACAGGUAGCUGAGUAUAUUUGCACUUCUUAUGUUUUAGUCCAAAAAUGGGUUUUGGUGUGUUUUUAAAUAGGCAAACUCAGAAAAGGGUUCUUUUGAAUGUUAACACACACACAACCCAGUUGUACAUCAUCACCAUGUUCGAAGCCAAAGAGUUAUCUAAUAAUACAUAUACAUACAAGAACUUUGCAAAAAGCUAUAAGAACUUUGCCAAACAGAGAAAUGGGGACCUUUUCUAUUCUUGUGAUAUAGUCUCAUGCUUUCAUCUUCUUGUUGAAAAGAUGAACAUUAAUGACUUUUCAGCACAUAGCUGUACUACAGUAGAGCUCUUUGAGCUUGUGUGUCCACUUGGAAGUCCAGUGAGGCUCAUAUGCUUCGACUAGUUUCUUGACUGGUAACUUAGACCUGUGCGUGUUUACUCGAAAGUAAGCUCACUGGACUCAAUGGGACUUAUUCACAAGUAAGUGUCCACAGGAUUGCAGCCUUAGACCAUUUCGUGCAUGGCACUUAAAUCAAGGUUUGCAUUCCCCAGGUCUAAUAUAAAUAAUACUGUAUCUGCAUUGAACAUUCAGUCUUAACACCUUCCGCUUUCUGUAUGUGUGCACAAAUGUGCAAGAGGUUCAGACACCUUUAGUAUCCUCUGUGAAAAUGCCCUUUGCUAUCUUCAUAUGAAGAGGUGUGGUGUCCAUGCUGGCAGAAGAAUCUGCAGUACUAUAUACCUCUUAUGGGCAGGUUAAAUUUUGUGAGGUUUAAGUCUGAAGGCUGCUGCUCAUAUAAUCACACAGUUGAUUCAGUAGUUUUGUUGAAUGAGAUCUCCCACAAAAGCAUGCAGUAUUAGAUGUGUUGGCUGCAAAGAAGCAGUUGUAAUUUAUCAUCUGCAUCUGAAGUUGGCUUCUUCAGAUUAUCCUUCCCCCCCCCUCAAAAUUACAAAUAUUUCUGUCUUAGUACAACCAUGUCUCUGUUGGCUAAGAUCAACAGAUUCAAUUGCUAAAUACUAACAGCCAUAUAUUGUAUGUGCUGUUUCCUCUUCAUCUGCAUGAGUGCUGUGAGAAAUAGUAUAGUGGGAGAGAAUCUAUGCUUUCACAAACUUAGUGAAUGCUCACUCCUAAACUAAGAGAAUGCUCACUCCUUGGAAUUUGGUUGGUAAGUGAAUGGCACACCCUAUCUCACAAGCGAUGAAGGAAGGCUGGCAUUAUGAGCAGAAGGCCCUGGGGCAUACAUUUACGAUCAAGGUUGUGCAGGUUCAAGCCCACAUUCAGAAAUUGUGUCGAAUUUCAGUAUUGAAGCCAUAUUAAAAGUUCUUCUGGUGAUCAGUUAAAAAUGUAUAUGGGAAGGGGUUUCAAAAAAUUUACUGCUUUCUAAUUUGAUAAAGUGUUUAAUUUUUAACAUUUUAAAACAGAAGAUUGUGUUGCAUAAAUUUUUAAUAUGAAAGAAAAGUGAAAGUUAAACAGUAUGCCACAGUAAUGAUUUUACCAGCACUUUAUAAAACAGUUUAUUGUAGAAUAAGUAUGUUUCCAUUGUGGUAUUCUUAAAAAUGUUUACAUUUCUUACUCCUUUCCUCUAGUCUUACAACUUCUUAAAAUUUUGAACAAGUUGUUUUUUUGUCUCGAGUCAACAAACUCUUCAGAUUUUGUAAACAUUUGUAUAUAUGUAAAUUCAGGAUGUAACUUGAAUCUGACAAUCCUAAAUUUGACAUUUUUGAAUAUUUUUAAUUUUGUAAGGUUUCUUAUUGGUUUAUCCUAUGAGUUUGUAUAUAAUUUUAUUGGAAUUAUAGUUGUUCUCAGAA